CCACGAUUCAAUGUGUCGCUAUGAACUCUUGAGCCUUAUCAUCAGAUUCCUGCAGAAGCGCUCCAUUCGCAACCAAAAGCGGGCAGGGAGUCAUCACUUCGAAGAAGAACCGGAGCCGCCGCGCCCAUGCUUCACGAAAUCCUCCUCUCGCUCUCGGGGCAUCCCUCAGCUCUAUUCGAGGGCAAAAAGGACGCGUCGCACGUGACCUCUGGACCCCUGAGUCUCCUUUCGCCUCCGGAGGCGGAGCUGCUGUCUUCUCUGGGGCAUUUGUCGAGGUUGCAUCGCCAGACGAGGGAGCUUGCUGUGAGGAUUGCGGGUAGUCAUCCUUCGACUGUAUGUCGGGCUGUGGCAACUGCGAUCAGCUCGCAUCAUUUGCAGAAGUUCCAGCAAAAGGUGCUUGCUGUUGAAAAUCGGAUCUUGAGGCGAGAUGCUUCGAUUGUGGGGGCAUACAAUAUUGUACCCCUUGCUGGAAUCGUCAGCGAAUUCUCAGAAUGGACGAAACUCAUGGAAUGGCUGUGGGACAUCAGCAACUUCAUGAUACGACCCGGAGGAGAUGGAGAAGACGACAAGAAGGCGUCUGGAGCCGAAUUGAUUGACAAGCUGCGGACAGAAGCACAGACGGGCUAUCCGGAUAUCGAAAGUGCGGCGGUCCAUCUGGGUACAGUUGCCGAGACUUCGUGGCUAAGACAGCUUGCGACUUGGCUUCUAUACGGUCGUCUCCCAUCAUUUGGAGCAUCCGACUUCUUCAUUGUUGCAGACGAUGGGGAAGAUGUUGCCUUCUCAAUCAAUCACACCCUGUUGCCGAAAUUCGUAACGCGGAGUACAGCAUCAUCGAUUCUGUUCAUUGGACGUUCACUAAAUCAAAUACGUUCACUACCAUCUGCUUCACGGGAUUUGUCAAGCCCAUCAUCGAGAAGUUUCGACCUGGAGCUGCUACCUACACACAUCGAAUACUUGUCUAAAGUCUCUGCGCCAAUAGCCUCAGCUAGACUGAGCGAAGCCGUCUCAAACAUCCGUCUGUCCCUUUCGCGAAACCUUCUGCAAUACCUCCUACCUCAAGAGAAGAUAGUGGAGCUCCUUACCGUACUCCAUCAUUUUUUCCUGCUGGGUCGUGGCGAGUUUGCUAUGGCACUCAUCAACGAAGCCGACGGCAAGAUUCAAUCCCGGCAUAAGGCUCCCCUUGGUAUAUCAGGACAUGGGAUAAGAGGAAUACUUCUGAAAGAAGCCGAGAUUAGUAACACUUUGUCCCGAGCUUGGACUGUUCUUGCAUCAUUGAGCGGGGAAGACGACAACACUGACGAUGUGCUUGACCUCGCUGCGGACAUAGUACAUCUCACUGUACAUAGCAGCUCAUCCUCCGGUCACCGUCCAGGAACCCCGGGCAGAGCGAAAGAGUCCAACGCACUUCUUCCUGCCAUCACAGAUGUAGUAUUCGCCGAUUUGCUUCUAUCAGUACCCACAAAACUCACCAUGGACAUCCCCUCCCCUCUUGAUCUCUUUAUGACCAAAUCAGAUCUGGAUAUAUAUUCAGCCAUCAACGCAUACCUCGUCGCUAUCCGUAGAGCACACCUGCAUUUACUUCAACUAUGGAGACACGGUGGACUUCGCAGGGAACCAAUCGCUCCUCCUAUCACUCGACCAGGCCAAAAGGCAGCGGUUAUUAGGCGGCGCCAGAAGUACGAAAAGCGGAAUCGGGAGAUGCGAAAGAUAUGGGCGACGUGCGCAGCUGCCAUCUUCCUCCUCUCGGAAAGUGAGGCAUAUUUCCAGGGAGAAGUUAUCAACGAGUCUUUCAAGCACUUCCGCCAUUGGGUAACGGGGCCCCAAGAGGCGGUGGCAGACAGUGCAACUACCCGGCCCAGUUCAUCUCACACGACGGAGCCGAAUGAAAAGUCUGCGGGAAGGAAACAACAUGACCCUGAAGCACUUUCCCUAGCACACAGACAAUUCCUAAACUCCAUAUCCCACCACCUCUUGCUAACCGAUACCCCCUUCGCCAAACACCUCCGCCAAUUCCUCACCCACGUCGACGAACUCGUCGCCCUCAUCGUGCGUCUUCAAAGCGUCCGGCAGAACCUCGAUCUGGAAGAAGAUGACGGAGUGGAGGACUUCAUGGCGAACUACAAGCAAGAAGAGAAGGAUGUGGCAAAAGAAAUGGAUCGGGCAAGAAGGAGAUUGGAUAGCGAUAUGAAGUCCCUGCUGGCGAGACUUAGGGAUCUUGAUGCGGAGAGGGUGGGAUCGGUGCCGGGGAUUGGGGGGGUGGGGAAGGGGUGGGAGGAGGGCAUGUAUGAGCCGUUGAGGGUGGGGGGGAUUGAUACGUUGUUAAUGAAGUUGGAUUGGGGGAGUGUGGAGGAAGAGGAGCAGGACGGCGACUUACUCGGUCUCUAA